AUGCCCAACAGCAGCUCUGUGAGUGAGUUCCUCCUGCUGGCAUUCACAGACACACGCGAGCUGCAGCUCCUGCACUUCGCGCUCUUCCUGGGCAUCUACCUGGCUGCCCUCCUGGGCAACGGCCUCAUCCUCAGCGCCGUAGCUUGCGACCACCGCCUCCACACCCCCAUGUACUUCUUCCUCCUCAACCUCGCCCUCCUUGACCUGGGCUGCAUCUCCACCAUUCUGCCCAAAGCCAUGGCCAAUUUCCUCUGGAAUACCAGGGCCAUCUCCUAUCAAGGCUGUGCUGCACAGGUCUUUUUCUUUCUGUUCUUUAUAUCAGCAGAAUAUUUUCUUCUCACCAUCAUGGCGUACGACCGCUACGUUGCCAUCUGCAAGCCCUUGCACUACGGGAGCCUCCUGGGCAGCAGAGCUUGUGCCCAGAUGGCAGCAGCUGCCUGGGGCAGUGGCUUUCUUGAUGCUCUUCUGCAGACUACUAAUACAUUUUCCCUGCCCCUCUGCCACGGCAAUGCUGUGGACCAGUUCUUCUGUGAGAUCCCCCACAUCCUCAAGCUCUCUUGUUCAGGUUCAGACUACCUAAAGGAAGUUGGACUUCUGGUGGUUAGUGCAUGUUUAGCAUUAGUUUGUUUUGUUUUCAUUGUGCUUUCCUAUGUGCAGAUCCUCAGGGCAGUGCUGAGGAUGCCUUCUGAGCAGGGCCGGCACAAAGCCUUUUCCACGUGCCUCCCUCACCUGGCCCUGGUCUCCCUCUUUGUCAGCACUGCCAUACUUGCCUACUUGAAGCCCCCCUCAAUCUCCUCUUCUUCCUUGGACCUGAUGGUUUCAUUUCUGUACUCAGUGCUGCCUCCAGCCGUGAACCCGCUCAUCUAUAGCAUGAGGAAUCAGGAGCUGAAAGCCACACUGAAGAAACUGAUUCUAGUGGUAAUAUUUACUUAG